CGGAGGCUGCAACGGUCUGGGUCUGGAGGCACACAGCUGUGUUUCGGAACAGGUGCCUACCUGGGUGCCGCGUCCGGACCUCUGUGCCGCCGUGCGGGCAGCCAUCCGAGCUGGGGAGCACGGGGCCCCGGGGCCGACCUCGCAGGGGUGUGUCCCUCACCCUGGCCCUGUGUCUCCCCGAAGCUGACCGGCAGGUGGCGGAGGCGGAAUCUCUGGUCCACACGCUGGACCUCUGGUCGGUGGUGGAAAGGAUGGUGGUGCCCGCCAGAACACCCGACGGGAAGGUCACGUUCGGCAGAGGGACCUUGCGGCACCUGACAGAGGAAAUCAGAGCGUUGCCAGAAAUCACCGCGGUCUUUCUGAAUGUGGAGAGGAUGGCCCCGCCCACCAAGAAAGAACUCGAGGCCGCCUGGGGCGUGCAGGUGUUUGACCGAUUCACCGUUGUUCUUUCCAUUUUCCGCUGCAACGCCCGGACGAAGGAGGCCCGGCUGCAGGUGGCGCUGGCUGAGCUCCCCCUUCUCAGGUCCCACCUGAGCAGCACCACCCGCCUGGAUGGACGGGGAGGAGGCUCACGCUACAUCAUGGGGUCAGGAGAAUCGCUCGUGCAGGUGCAACGGCGCCUGCUGAAGGACAAGGAGCUGAAGAUUCGGAAGGCCCUGGACAGACUUCGGGACAAAAGACGUCUCCUGGGAAGGCAGCGCAGACCGCGGGAGUUUCCUGUGGUCUCCAUGGUGGGAUAUACAAACUGCGGAAAAACCACGCUGAUCAAGGCCCUGACGGGUGAUAACACCAUCCGGCCCCAGGAUCGGCUGUUUGCGACACUGGACGUCACAGCCCACGCGGGGUGGCUGCCCUCCCACGUGGCUGUCAUCUACAUGGACACCAUCGGCUUCCUCUCCCAGCUGCCCCACAGCCUGAUCGAGUCCUUCUUUGCCACCCUGGAAGAUGUGGCUCAUUCAGAUCUGGUCGUGCACGUGAGAGACGUGAGCCGCCCCGAGACGGAGCUGCAGAAAGCCAGCGUCCUGGCCGCCCUGCGGGGCCUGCGCCUGCCCGCCUCGCUGCUGGACUCCGUGCUGGAAGUUCAUAACAAGGUCGACCUGGUGCCUGGGUACAGCCCGUCAGGAUCCCAGGUCGUGGCCGUGUCCGCCCUCCUGGGACACGGGCUCCCGGAGCUGAGAGCCCGGCUGGAGGACGCCGUCCUGAGAGCCACAGGGAGACAGGUCCUCACGCUCCGAGUCCGGCUGGCGGGGGCACAGCUGAGCUGGCUGCACCAGGAGGCAACGGUGCAGGACGUGGACGUGAUCCCCGAGGCCGGGGCGGCCGACGUCAGGGUCGUCAUCAGCAGCUCUGCCUACGGCAAGUUCCGGACGCUCUUCCUGGAGUCAGCCAGCCAGUGAGGGAAGGGAGGCUGUGUGGCCUCAGCACCGCCUUGGGGCGUCCUGCCCGCCCCCUCAGGUGCCUUGCUCCCUGCUGGGCCCGCUGGUGGCCGCCCCCUUGCGGCCAGAAGUCAAAGGUCAGGUCUCAGGGUGACUCCGCGGGGACGUGCUUGUGACCUGAGCGUGGGUUCCCUUCCACGCUAUUCCAGCUACAGGAUAUUAAAAGCUCUGCUAUUGUGUCUGUAAACUAGGCUUUCUGAGUCUUCC